AUGAACAGCACUGCUGACAAGAUCAUCAACCCAAUGACGCCCAUGGCCUACCUGUCCCCGGAUCUUGCAUUUCAGCUUACAAUCGCUACCUACGUGCUCGUUGGAACCCUCGGCGUGAUACUCUGGGAUAUUUUGAACAACAUCCGGAUCGACUUGCCGUUUCUAUCCACGUACCCUCUCAAUUUUCCGACGGUCGCAUACUGGCUUUCAAGAUGGUCGUCUCUAGCGUUCGUCACCGCGACGACAAUCUUUCGAAGUACGUACGUCCCGGCUACCGUUCGUCAAUGUAUGAUCGCCUCGACUGAUUGUUGGCGGCAUCGCGGUGGAUUAGCCUCGCCCAUAGCCAUACCAUGUCAGACUCUCAGCCUAGUAACAGCCUGUUUAUUCGCCAUCGCCGGGUCCUCUACUACCCUCCUCUUCCUCAUCCGAGUGCUAGCAAUAUUUGAUGGGAACAAGCCCAUGCGUAUAUUCUUCCGUUCGAUGUGGUUGGCAGUCAUUGGCGGGGUGCUUACACCCACGAUCGAAGGUCUCGUAGGCGAAAACAUAGGUCCGACGAAAUAUUGCAUCAAGGCCAACGUACCUAAGUAUGUUGGAGCAGCGGUGAUUAUCCCCUUGAUCAACGACACCUUGGUGUUCCUCGCCAUCUCGUGGCAAUUGAUGAGGGGAGCACCACGGAAGGCGAGGGAGCGUACUGAGAAAAUACGGCUGUGGUCGGCCCUCCGUGGUGAUUACCUCCCUUCCUUUUCAAGAGGACUCUUACAGGAUGGGCAAGUGUAUUACUUAACGACGGUCACAGCAAACUUAAUUGGGGUGUUCAUCCUCUUAUUGCCUUUUGUCCCGAUCGUUUAUCGCUCGAUGUUGGCUGCGCCGAACGAGGCGCUCAUGAACAUGAUGGCGUGUCGCGUGUACAGACGAACAAAACUCGGGAGAAGCGCGGACUCGGUGGACCCAAGCAACACUUUUCAGCCGUCCAUGAAUGAAGAAUCUAUCACCGUUCCUAUAACAUUCGCAGUCAGCGGAAAUGGGCAGUUGUCUAAUAUAGACGGGGCAGGUCAGGAGACAGAUCACUCGUUACGCGCGCUGGAGGUUGCUGAGAUUCAGCCGCCUACAGACAUCAUGACACUCAACGACAUUGCUACCAGUGCUAUCGAGAUUUCCCACAAAAUCUGUCCUGGCACCAGCAAUGGAGCCGCUCAACGGUGUCCCAAGUCCAAGCGAGACGCGCAGUUCAACAAAUCAAGCCCACCAGGAAAGCGACUCUCCAGUGGAGUUCAAGAAGGCAAUACAGUGCGUUGGAUCAUUAUUCGGCCUAGUGCAGGACGUCUUCUGACACCCAUGACUCUCGCCCCAGACGAAAAGACGCAUAUAUACAGUGAAAACACCGAGGGCUACGUUUCCAACAGGACUUUCAUCGUCUCUGGAACUGCGGGCUCGCUCUUGGGAUUCAAGGACAUCGAACGACUAAGUAUGGCUGUUCUUCGAGGGCAAUCCAGCCAUGCUAGUGAAUCGCGAGAGACAGAUGAGCGGGAUAUCUCUGGGGGAAAGCGCCCAGAUGUGGCUCAGGGAUAA